AUUGCUGCAUGCAUGCAUGGCGGGUGUAUCGUGACUCUCCCAUCAAGGAAUUCAUUACUAUAAAGGUUAAAGGUACGGCAUGUUAACAAGUUUAUUAAGAUUUGCACCGGUUCUAGAUGUAGCCCAUUAUUGUUAAUGAAGUUGUGAAGUAAAGACCGGAAAAUAUAUCUGAGAAAUUCUUCAUUUCCGUACCUGAUGUGUUGUGAUAUUUUGGACAUCAGCCUCAGCUCAGGACAGGGCUUAGAAGUUAACGUACGGUACGGGAUUUAAAAGAAAUAGAGGAUUACAUUUAAGAGGAGUCAGGAAAGAUGAGUAGCUCUGAGGAAGUAUCAUGGAUUUCAUGGUUCUGUGGACUUAGGGGCAAUGAAUUUUUCUGUGAGGUGGAUGAAGAUUAUAUCCAAGACAAAUUCAAUUUAACAGGUCUCAAUGAACAGGUUCCUCAUUAUAGACAAGCAUUAGACAUGAUCUUAGACUUAGAACCAGAUGAUGAAAUGGAAGAGAAUCCAAAUCAGAAUGACUUGAUUGAACAAGCAGCUGAAAUGUUAUAUGGGUUAAUACAUGCAAGGUUCAUCAUGACAAAUAGAGGCAUUGCACUUAUGCUUGAAAAAUACCAACAAGGUGAUUUUGGGCACUGUCCAAGAGUAUAUUGUGAAAAUCAACUUGUUCUACCAAUAGGCUUGUCUGAUGUCCCUGGUGAGGCCAUGGUCAAGCUCUACUGCCCGAAAUGCCAAGACGUUUACACCCCAAAAUCAUCCCGGCACCACCACACCGAUGGUGCCUACUUCGGUACUGGUUUCCCGCAUAUGUUCUUCAUGGUGCACCCGGACUAUCGUCCCAAACGUCCACCAAACCAGUUUGUACCAAGGUUAUAUGGAUUCAAGAUUCAUCCACAAGCAUAUGAGAUACAGCUCCAAGCUGCUGCAGCACGCAGCCGAUCCACCACCAGCCGCCAACGUUCCGCUAAACCACAAUACAAAUAAAUAAACACUGCAUGCACUGGGAUUCAUCCUUCUGCUCUUUGCUGAGAGAAACUAUUCCAUUGAAAUAGGCUUUGCCUCAUGACAUACUGGCAUCGAGAUGAUUACUGCACGGUCAGCAUGUCUGGAAAGUAUAACACUUGUAAUUUCAUCUCUCUUGAGAAAUUUCAAUACUGCCAUUAUCAAUGGAAAAAAAAUAUUCUAUUAAGACAUAGAAUUGACAAGCACAUAUUCUAAUAUUGCAACUCUGUUCCCAGUAUUUAUUUUCCUUGAUUAAUAUUUAUGAAGAUUAUUUGCUUCAAAGUUUUCUGAAUGCUUACAUGUUCCUACAUUUACAACAAAUAGAAUCUACUAUUCCUAAUAGUUGAUUCUAUUUGCUAUGAUUACAUUUUACAUCAUAAAAACGUUUAACAAUGUACAACUAUGUACAUGAUUCUUGGAGACAGAAAUUAUGGUUGAAUCUGUAUAAAUGGAUAUUCUAUGAUGAAUUUAUUUUCACAUUUCUAGUAGCCAUAUGCAUCAAUAUCUAAAGUCAAACGAUAUUACAAAAGUAUACUUCAUUAUGAAAACCAAAUAUGAUAUCAGCUUAUCUCUUUGUUUGAUUUAUCAUCAGAAUGUUGCUACCGGAUACUCAAAAUUAUUUAACUGAAAGUACAAGUUUCCUCAAAACUAAAUCCAGCGACUAAGGUCAUGAAAACUAAUUUUCUUGUCUCAGCAUAUAUUGAAUUCAUUUGAUCCUGUUAGCAGGCUGUAUUACCCAGCAUGUAUCACAAUUAUUUGGACAACACCUUUUCCAAUUCAGCCUUCAUGCCUUUUUUGUGACAAACUGAGUACUAGAAUUCAGACAAACAUGCUAAUUCAAUCAUUUUCAUCAUUCAUGAAUUUACCCAAUUGGCACAAGAAAAAGAAGAGCAGCAUUGAAAAUUUACUUCGUUUCAUUUUUUUGUGAAACAAAGAGAUUGCAUAAUUUGUUUAAUUAAAAAAAAUGUGACUUGAGCGACAGCAUUUGAUGUAUUUGAACAGGAAAUGAUACUGACUUGAAUUUAAGCAUUGACCCUUAAAUUUGGGAAAAGUAUUUGUAGUAUUGAUCAAUAUCGGUCAUUUUUUUAAAUAGUGAGUCGCUCAAAUAGUUUGCACUAUAAUGAGAGGUGAUAUACCAUGUUAUAACAUCAAUUCAUUAAAGUUUCAAUUUGUAAUAGUGUGCAGCCCUGCUUACUACACUAAAGACAUCAUUCAAUAUUAACACAAUAGUACAUACUAGGUGUGCUAGUGAGACAGUUUGUCGCAUACCAUCUAAUAAUUAUUGUACAGGUUGCAAAUAUUUUUGUCUCUAUGAUUUAUCUUGUAGUAAUAGGGAGAACUUGCUCAUAUUUGGCUAUCCAAAGUUUAGCUACGAUUUGACCCAUACUUUGUACACCUUUUUUUGGUGGAUUGAUAAUGUUCAUGGAUGCAUGUACAUUAGACUUUUUAUUAUGGGUCUCUAGAAAAAGAUUAAUAAUUUAAUAUACUUUAUAUUUAUAUUCACCAAAUGUUAGAUGUAAACUUCACUGUAGGUCCUUCAGUGAAGGACAAAUUUAAUACAUUUUAGACACUAGACACUGACGGUAAAAGAAUAUAAUUUUUUUUUUGCAAGUCAACUAAACUCUAAUAUAGGCUGCUUUGUAAUUUAUAAAUGUGUGUAUAUAUUUAUCUUUUGUUGUAAAGGUGGAAUAUUUAUAUUCUUUAUAUUCAAACAAGGUCUUGUUUGAAUAUAGAUAAAACCCAAGAAAAAUAUUGAUUUGAAUAAAUAGAGAAAAAUCAAACAAGCAUUAUGCUGAGAAUUUCAUAAAAA